UCUUGAUUUUUUUUUUUCUGAACUUUCUUACAUCCUGAAAUGAGCAGCUGUAGAUUCCCUAUGUCCUCUUAAAAUGAUAGCAGCUGGGUGUCAAAAAUUGUAGACGUAAAUGGGAUGGGACUAGUUAAAGGGAUGCCUCCAUCUAAAAAGUUGAUGGGGUUCAUGAUAAGCACAAGGGUCUUUGUGAUGGUAUCACUUAAAUUGCUCAUCAUACCUAUUCCCAUCCAAAUGCUUUGGUAGAUUGAGCUUGGCACUGCACCAGCUUGCAGGCUUUCAAGUAUUUAAACAGCAUCAAUCUCAGUGUAAAUGUUCAAUAAUGUACCUUUGGAAUUUUAUUUCUACUGCAAAAAGAAAAACAUAUGACCUGCAUGUUGGACCUGUUGUGCAAUAUCAAGCUGUUGGGAAAGAGUUAGAAAUAGUAGAAAAAGACCGCUACAUCAAAACAGACCCCAGUGAAAACAGAAAGCGUAGGACCAUCAUCCUGUCUCGAACAACAGAAAAAGGAACUUGGGGAUUUACACUACAGACCUAUGGCAUCCAUCACAAGAAGAAAAAUGAAUUGGAACUGAUGACCUAUGUUGACUAUGUGGCUUUUAAUGGACCAGCAUAUUAUGCCGGGAUGAGACCAGGUGAUGUGAUUCUGUCCAUCAAUGGGUCAAGUAUGGAGGAGGCUGACCAUGACCAGUUGGUGAACUUUGUAAGAUCACGUUGUGGGAAGACCAUGAGGAUGGUUGUGUUAUUUGAGGACUGUUGUCGGAAAGUAGAACUACAUAUGAGAUACACCAGGCUAAAGAAUGUUUUGGCAGACAAAAUGUUCGAACUGCGAUCCCUCCAGGCUCAAGAGAGAAGAAUCAGCAAAGGUAUGAAGCCUUUGAAAGGUAAAUCACUAGAAAGGGACAUGAGUGACAUUUCCACCCCAAAAUCUAGGAAGAUUUGGCAGUUUGAUGAGGAAUACAGCUCUGAUACUGGGGAACAUCUUUAUGAAGACACAGAACAUUUUAAAAGGAUGCUACACAGUCCUAGAGUGGCGAGAGGAGGUAGUCUACAAAUGGCACACUUAGUGAUAGAUGAAGAGGGUAGUGCUGGCGCUGCCUUGGAGGAUUCUUCAAACCCUAAGUUGUCAGCUGGAGAUUCUACAUUCAGUCCAGGUCAGACUACAAAUAAGGCACAUGAUUGCACUGAAGAUGAACAUUCCUGUGGAAAAACUUCACAUCAUAAUACCUCAGGUUGCACAAUUGGAUAUAAAACAGUGAAGCAUAAAGGCCUUUCAGAAUACAACGAUUGUUUGGAAGCACAACUACCAGCUGUUCUUGCUACACGAGAGGAUGAGAAUAAAGCCCCUGCCCAGGGGUCUUCAAGUUUAGACUGUCACCCAAGUGAUAAGUUUUCAUCUGACCCAGGGGGAGACUUCGACGUUGAACAUAAUCCAGUGUUUCAACCCCCAUCAACUUCAUUACCAAGUGCUGGAGAUGAUCAUGAGGUGUAUGCCAAUGAAAGUGAUGAAGUGACACACCUUUGAUAUUCUCUGCAGAAAUCCAGGAUGUUACAUUAAAACUAUACACAAGUGCUGAAUUUAAACAGAAACUGUAUAUUGUUAAGUAAUGGUGCAAACAAAAAAUGUUAAAAUGAUCAGAAUAUGAUCAGAAGGUGCUUAUUCUUGCACAAAAUGGAUUUAUUUGAAGGAUUUCAAGAUUGUCUCAAAAUAUUUUGUGUAUUUAAUACAAUUGUAAAACGUGAAUUUUUCUUAUAACAUAAAACAAUUGAAAACCAUGAGGUCACAGUUUAUGUUAUUGAAAACUACUAGGUCACAAUGUGAUUUUUAAAAUAUUUACAUGAAUGACAUUUAAAAAAAAAUUAAACUCAUUUUAACAAUUUCACAUUUGGUCACAAUUACUUGAGAUUUGUUAUGGUGCUUUCAUAAAUUUUAAUUUAUGAGUGAUAUCUUUUAUUUUGCAUGUGUCAAAUUUUGCAUAAUUACAUAUUAUAUUCAUAUUUGUUUGUGAUUUUUAAGAAGGUGCUCGGAGCUAGGUGCAAUUGUUUCUUAACUGUUAUAAUUGUUAUGGUUAUGAUAUUUUUAUUUUGGUUUGCCAAAGAAAAUGUGGUGCAAUAUCAGGUCUUUCAAGGCUUGGGGUGAGAUACAUGUGUUAUGUUCAUUCCUGUGACAAUAGGGAGCACAUAAAGGAUAGUGGAAGAGAGUAUGUAAUACGGUAAUUACUUGAUCUUUUUAAUGGGCAAAAAAUACUAAAUUUUUCAGAAACAAUUUUAUAAUCACAAAAAUUAUA